AUGAAGAUCGAAACCGCAAACAAGGAAAAUGAUGAUGAUGAAAUUUGCAGCCAAAAGCAUUCAAUAAAAGGUUCAGAUGAACAACGAACACCAUGGCCAUCGGUUUGUCUUAGCUUUCUGGUACAAACGCUGAACGGUAUUCAAUUUUCAAUCUACAUAACUUCUAUGUGGCCAUAUCUUACGACGCUAGAACCAAACGCGGGUCUAUCAUUCUUUGGUUGGAUAAUGUCGAUAUACAGUAUUGGGCAAAUGUUUUCAAGUUGGAUUUUCGGCUUUUGGAACCAGAAGACGAUGUCCACAAAGCAUCCGGCAGCAUUUGGCCUUGCCUUUACCGCACUUGGCAAUGUUAUAUAUGGUCUUUUGCCAUUGCUUCCAUCUUAUCAAGCUUGGUUUAUGCUCAUGGCUCGCUUCUUGGCAGGGUUUGGUUCAGGUACACUGAGCGUUAUACGUUCCUACUGUGCUAUGGCAAGCGUGGCUAAAGAUAGGGCAAAAGUUAUGUCCUUAGCUGUCGGAUCAUUCGUUUUGGGUUUAUCAUUAGGCCCAAGCAUUCAGUCUAUAUUCAUUCCUAUUGGCAAAGAUGGCAUUUCUAUUGGUCCGAUAAUACUUAACAUGUACACUGCACCAGCAUUUUUGAUGGUUUUCAUUUCACUUGGCUCAAUAUUUUUGCUGAUGUUUUGUUUCGUCGAACGCUAUUCUGGAAUCAUCUCCAGUGAAGAAAAAUCAGAUCCUUAUCUAGUAAUUCCGAAGUUUGACCGCAUCGCUGCUGUCGUUUGUAUCUACUUAUAUUUCUUACUACAACUAGCAGGAACUAGUCUGGAAGUAAUGUCAACCCCGCUAACAAUUUCUUUAUACAACUGGCCAAAUGCAAAAGCACUGUUUUAUAACGGUACCCUUCAGACGAUUGCUUGCAGUAUCGAUAUUGUAGUUUACCUUCUUAUAAGUUUUUCUCGACUUGGAUCUUUGGACAAAAGAAUCAUGCUUCUCAUUAGUCUAUCAUGCUUUAUUAUCUAUCAGAUCUUUACUUUGCCAUGGCCUUUUUACGAGGGUCCUUUGGAUUAUAUUGAACUCGGUAAUUUUGAUGCUUGUGUCACGUAUUCUCCUAAUUCGACAGUAGAAGAUACAGCUUACUCUGGUGGUUGUUAUCGUCGAUACGCAUGGUGUGCUCAUACAAAACGGGUCCCACUACCAAUUUACGCUUUUGGAUACACAAUUGUUCUCGCUAUUGCAUUUCCAUUCUUGGCCGCUCCAGUUGGAAUCUUGUUUUCUGAAGUUCUCGGACCACGUAAACAAGGAGUAAUGCAAGGUGUUAAUGAAAUUGGUGGCUGUAUUGCUCGAUGUAUUACGCCAAUUAUACAGUCCAUGUUAUUUGAAAGUUCGGGUUAUAUUUUUCCUGUCUUGAUGAACCUGACGUUGUUAGCAGCUGGGCUUUUAUCAAUGAUUGUUUUUUACGGCAGGAUGACGCCACUAAAAAUGAAACCUAACAUUGGGGUUGCAACUCCAUACAAAAAGGGUGUUUUCUACCGGUUUUAG